AUGCUCAGGUUUAUCCUAGCCGUUGCCCUCUGCGGCGCGAUCUACGCCACCCUCACCUGCGACAAGCCGACGGGCCCCUGCGAGCUGGGAUGCGACCAGGAUGCCGUGUGCUUCGACAAUGUCAGCUGCUGCAACUUCCAUGAUGUGCACUCCGAUGGGACGACGCUGUACCCCACCGACAAGCCGGUCACCGCCUCGUGCCAGGACAAGGUCAACCCGCAAACCGGCGUGUCGGAUUGCCCGAAAAUGGCCAACUACUGCAACAAUCCGGCCUACAAAGACGUGAUGGCUGACCAAUGCCCGAAGACGUGCGGUCUGUGUGGGGCUGGCACAACACUACAACCUGGACAAUGCGUUGACAAGAUCAACCCGCUGACCGGCUACUCGGACUGCCCGCGUAUGGCAAACUACUGUAAUAACCCGGACUACUACGAACUGAUGACCGAGCAGUGCCCGAAGACGUGCGGCCGAUGCAAA